AUGGCGACAGCUGAGGUACUGAACAUUGGGAGAAAACUCUAUGAGGGUAAGACAAAAGAAGUCUAUGAAUUGUUAGAUAGUCCAGGAAGAGUCCUCCUGCAGUCCAAGGACCAGAUUACAGCGGGAAAUGCAGCCAGAAAGAACCACCUGGAAGGCAAAGCUGCAAUCUCCAACAAGAUCACCAGCUGUAUUUUAAAGCUGUUACAGGAUGCCGGUAUCAAGACUGCUUUCACCAAGAAAUGUGGGGAGACUGCUUUCAUUGCACCCCAAUGUGAAAUGAUUCCAAUUGAAUGGGUGUGCCGAAGAAUAGCAACUGGAUCUUUUCUCAAAAGGAACCCUGGUGUAAACGAGGGGAAUAAGUUUUACCCACCAAAAGUGGAGAUGUUCUUCAAGGAUGAUGCCAAUAAUGAUCCACAGUGGUCUGAGGAGCAACUCAUUGCUGCACAGUUUUGUUUUGCUGGACUUGCUAUAGGCCAGACUGAAGUGGACAUCAUGAGUCAUGCUACACAAGCUAUUUUUGAAAUACUGGAGAAAGCCUGGCUGCCCCAGAACUGCACGCUGGUUGAUAUGAAGAUUGAAUUUGGUGUUGAUGUAACUACCAAAGAGAUUGUUCUUGCUGAUGUAAUUGAUAAUGAUUCUUGGAGACUCUGGCAAUCGGGAGAUCGGAGCCAGCAGAAAGACAAACAGUCUUACCGUGACCUCAAGGAAGUAACUCCGGAAGGACUCCAGAUGGUAAAGAAAAACUUUGAGUGGGUUGCAGAUCGAGUGGAGUUGCUUCUGAAGUCAGACAGUCAGUGCAGGGUUGUAGUGCUGAUGGAUUCAGCUUCUGACCUUGGUCACUGUGAGAAAAUUAAGAAGGCUUGUGGAAACUUCGGGAUUCCAUGUGAACUCCGAGUGACAUCUGCCCAUAAAGGACCAGAUGAGACGUUGAGGAUUAAAGCAGAGUAUGAAGGGGAUGGUAUACCUACUGUAUUUGUCGCAGUGGCAGGCAGAAGCAAUGGUUUGGGCCCAGUGAUGUCUGGUAACACUGUAUAUCCAGUUAUCAGCUGUCCCCCCAUCGCACCAGAUUGGGAUGCUCAGGAUGUGUGGUCAUCUCUUCGAUUGCCCAGUGGUCUUGGCUGUUCAACUAUACUCUCUCUGUAA